AUGGCCCAUGCAAGUUUGGGAAGGUGUACGUCUAAAGAUGGAGUUCAUGCAUUUGUUAAGAACGAAGUCGGCGAACCGAAUUUGCUGGAGGAGAUGGAAGUCGACGCCCUGUCCGAUGCACAUUCGGAUACACAUUCUGAUACUAGUCCAUUCCGUUCCACUUUGAUUCUGAAGGAAGGAAAUUCAAGCCAUGCGCAGAAUGCUGGUUAUGAGAAAAAGUCAAGACAGAACGAGGAUAUCAGUUCAAAGAAGGCAACGAAACGCUGUAAACGUACCAGGACUAAACGCAAUGACUCCGACGAUGAUAAUGAAGAUGAAGAGAAGGAUGAGGACGUAGAAGUUGAUCACAAAGAAUGCGAGGACUAUUGUGUCCACUUACAUUACUGUAAUUCUUCAGCCAUGCUAAGCAGUGCCGACCGAAAAAUCCAAGUUGGUGAUGAUUUCCAAGCACGUGUGGAUGAACCUCAGAAAGAACAAGAUGACACGUUGAUGGAUGGAGAAAGAGAGCAUGUGUUGUGGUGUCCACCAGCUGAUAUUGAUGAAAUAAGUCUUAAUGAGUACUGUGAAUAUGCCGCUGAGAAGUAUAAACUUGCACAGGACCAGGCACUUUAUCUUCUUCAAAAAUCGAACUUUGACUUUCACGUUGCUCAAGAGAAAGUGAGGAGACGUCGACCCAUCAAUGAAGAAUGGGGUGAAGACGAUCGCGCUCUGUUUAAGCAAACAUUGCUCAUGUUUGGAAAAAGAUUCGACAAAAUUCGCCAAAUGUUCUACUACAAUACUAAGAAAGACACCGACUAUAAGAGUUUAAUCGACACUAGAAUGGCCGAAGAUUCCGAAGAAGACGAUUGUGCUGACGAUCCACACAAUGAGACAAAUGUGUGCGGUAAUUGUGGCGAAGAAUGUCGAGAAGUGCAUGUCCUCGACAAUAUGCAACUAUGUUUUGUGUGUUGGACGUACUUCAGGUUUUUGGGGAAACAUCGUCCAUGCAAUUUUUUGUCCACGGUAAAAGAAAUUCGUCAGAGGAGGCGAAAGUGUCCUAGUGACAUGCUAGACAUAGCGCAUAGUUUUGUUGAAAUGUCCAGCUAUGUUGAUCACGAAUUCGUGCCGGAUAACGAGAAUGUUAUUGAUGGAAUGGUAAUUGUUGAAAUGCCAAAAACGAAAUGUCAUGAGGAGAUAAAAGCAGUGAUGUGUGAGUUAGCUAAAGUUCGUGCUCGUGCUAUUCGUCUUGAACAAUCCAUUAAAUCACAACGGUCCGAAGGUGUCACAGAUGGAUUGGAGUCUUAUAGGUAUCUCACGAUCAGUGACAAGAAAGACGAGGAGGGAUUUUCAAUGAAACUCGACGAAAUAAAAAGGUGCGAGUCGUGGAGUGAAGAGGAGCGAAUGGUUGCAUUCCGUUGUCUAUUACGAUAUGAAGAAGAUUUUGAUGCAGUUUCUGAAGUUGUUGGUACAAAAACGCCUGAUCAAAUUAAGAAUUUUUACAUGGAAGUUAGAUCUGAUGUUGAUAAGGUGCUUAAGAAAUUAGCUCCAUUUGUGCCAGAAAUGUCGGAUAUUUGUGCUCCAUGA